AUGACUGUCUACCUGCUCAUGAUCUUUCUCUUUCCCUUUAGUACAUGUCUUCAAGUGUCUGAUAGCAGAAUAUUUUCAAUAUAUAAUGAAGAUAGCAAGCUCUGUGCCCAAGCUCAGAACUCUAGCUCAGUCAUAUCUACCAUGUGUGAGCAGCACAACGAGUUCCAGAAGUUCCGGUGGGUCUCGGCCACCCAGCUGCUGAGCAUGGCGCUGAAGCUGUGCUUGGGAGUGCUCUCCAAGGAUAACGAGGCUGCAGUCACUUUGGAAGCCUGUAACAAGACAAAUGCACUUCAGUGGUGGGAAUGUAGAAAUGACACACUUGCAAUUCAAGGCAAAGAUUUAUUUUUCAACUAUGGAAAAGGAAAGGGAAAGAAAAUUAGACUGUCCGAAGGAUCAGGCAAAGGGAGCAGGUGGAAAAUCUAUGGAACCACAGACAGCGUGUGCUCACAGCGCUACGAAGAUAUAUUUACUCUGGGAGGAAAUGCUUUUGGCGCACCUUGUGUAUUCCCGUUCAAGCUCAAUGGUAAAUGGCAUGCUGAAUGCAUACCUUGGAAUGAUGAUGCAGGCUCUCUCUGGUGUGCAACAUCUUCAGAUUUUGAUGAAGACCAACGUUUUGGAAAUUGCCCAUUAAAAGACUCCAUUCACAAUGAUGUUUGGAAAGCAAAUCCUUUGACAGAAACCUACUAUCAGAUAAACUCAGAGUCACUUUUGACAUGGCACCAAGCGAGGAAAAGCUGCCAGCAGCAGAAUGCAGAAUUACUAAGUGUCACAGACCUUCAUGAAGAAAUGUAUUUAUUAGGACUCACUAGUGACCUGGGUGUUAAUGCUAAGCUCUGGAUUGGUCUUUUUGGUGCACUUGACAGUGGCUGGCAAUGGACUGGGGGUAGUCCUUUCAGAUAUCUAAACUGGGCUCCAGGAAAUCCCUCUGUGGAAUCUGGAAAAAUAUGUGGGACCUUCCAAGGUAGGAAUGGCAAAUGGGAAAACCAAGAAUGCAAUCGAAAACUGGGAUACAUCUGCCAAAAGAGAAAUGCCUCUUUAGAUUCCUCCACUACUGCCUCAAGUCACUUAAAGUCUGUUAAAUGCCCCAGGGAAUGGGUGGCCUACGCAGGUCAUUGCUAUAUAAUUUAUAGAACGCCGAAAAUAUGGAAAGAAGCCCAAUCUUCCUGUAGAAAAGAAGGUGGAGAGCUGGCGAGUAUUCAUAAUAUCGAGGAGUACAGUUUUACAGUGUCUCAGCUUGGGUACAGGCCUGACGAUGAGCUGUGGAUUGGUCUAAAUGAUUUCAGGGUUCAAAUGUAUUUUGAAUGGAGUGAUGGGACACCAGUGACAUUCACCAAGUGGCUUCAAGGGGAGCCAACCCACACACGCAAUAAGGCAGACUGCAUCAUUAUGAAGGGAGAGGAUGGCUUUUGGGCUGACAGUGCAUGUGAAAAGAAACUUGGAUACAUCUGUAAAAGGAAACCUCUGGCAGAAGAAGCAGAGGAAGCUGAAGUUACUUACGUGGGCUGCCAUAAAGGCUGGACAAAGCACGGUUUUUACUGUUAUUCCAUGGGACAGAUACCAGCAACAUUUUCAGAAGCAAAACAAAUCUGUGAAGAAAACAAAGGUUAUCUGGCUACUGUGAAAGACAGAUAUGAACAAGCAUUUAUGACUUCUGUAAUUGGCUUCAAUCCAGCAAAAUAUUUCUGGAUUGCUCUCUCAGAUGUGGAAGAGCAAGGGACUUUCAAAUGGGCCAGUGGCGAAGCUGUUACAUUCACUAACUGGAACUCAGGAAUGCCAGGAAGGGAGUCAGGCUGCGUGGCCAUGAGAACAGGAACUUCAGCUGGGUUGUGGAAUGUUCUGAACUGUGAGGAGAAAAACAUGUUUCUCUGCAAGCAACUGGUUCAGGGAGUGACCCCUCCGCCUCCUCCAACGACGGCUCCUCCUCCAUCGUGCCCAGAGGAGUGGAAAUCAGUUCCUCAGAGUAGCUCAUGCUUCAAACUUUUUCAGAGGGGAAGGGAUAAAAUGCAAACAUGGUUUGGUGCAAGAGAUUUUUGCAGAGCUAUUGGAGGAGAUCUGGCCAGUAUCCAUAGUGAAGAAGAACAAAAUCUAAUAUCUGGCUUAGACAGAGACUAUCUUCGCUCGUCUUACUGGAUGGGUUUAAAUGCCCUAGACUCUGACGGAGGAUUUGUAUGGAGUGAUGGCUCACCAGUAAAUUUUGAAAAAUGGGCAGGUGGAGAACCAAACAAUUAUGAUGGGAAUGAAAAAUGUGGAGUGUUUUAUGGCUACAAUAAUAUGAAAUGGAAUGAUUUAUUUUGUGAACAUAUGCAGGACUAUGUUUGUCAAAUAAAGAAAGGAACAUCAUUGAAACCAGAACCUAAUUCCACAUUCCAUUAUGAAUAUGAUGUUAGUGAAGAUGAUUGGAUAAUAUAUCAUCAUAAGGAAUACUACUUCAGCAAGCAACCAAUGCCUAUGGAAAAAGCCAGGGAUUUCUGCAGAACGAAUGGUGCUGAUCUUGUUGUCAUUGAGAGUGAAAGCGAAAAAAACUUUAUUUGGAAAUAUAGUUUCUAUAAAGACUGGGGAAAUCACUUUUAUAUUGGCUUAAGCGUGAGCCUUGAUAAAACAUUCCGAUGGAUGGAUGGAAGCCCUGUGAACUAUGUUGCUUGGGCACCAAAUGAACCCAAUUUUGCAAAUGAUGAUGAAAACUGUGUGGUCAUGUAUACCCAUACAGGUACAUGGAAUGAUCUCAACUGCGGCAGUGUUGAGUUGUUCGUCUGCGAAAGGCUCAACAGUACUGUUCGGCCAACUGCUGUUCCCACUUCGCCACCACCAGAGGGUGGUUGUCCAGAAGAUUGGGCCCUAUUUAAUAGCAAGUGUUUCAGAACGUUUGGCCUUAAUGAGAGCGAUACGCUGACAUGGCACGCCGCCCGGAACAACUGCAUACAUUUCAGCGCAAACCUGGCGACCAUAUCAAAAAAGGAAACACAAGCUUUCCUCAUGUCCCUCUUAAAAGAUGCUGCAACUGAUGCCUGGAUUGGACUCAAUGACGUAAAUCAGGAGCACACAUACUUAUGGACUGAUGGAAGCCCAGUUUACUAUACAAAUUGGGCAAAAGGCUCCCGAAGUUAUUAUAGUAAGGAUGACUGUGUCUUUAUGAUGAAGAACCCUGCUGAACAGGCAGGGAAAUGGAAAGAUGAAGAAUGCAAAACAAGCAAAAGCUACAUAUGCCAGAAAAAUACUGAUCCCAAAUUGUUCAAUUCCCAACCCACGCUUCCGGUCUUUGGCUUUAAUAAUUAUGGUAAUGACCGCUAUGCAAUCAUCAAGUCCAAAAUGAACUGGGAAGAAGCAGAAAGGAACUGCAAAGACCAGUUUGCAGAACUUGCCAGCGUUUUGGAUCCUUACACUGAUUCUUACCUAUGGUUACAAAUGUUACACCAUGGGGAGCCUGUAUGGAUUGGUCUUAGCAGCAACACGAGUCAUGGCCACUACGUAUGGUCAGAUAGGAGAAGAAGCAGGUAUCAUAACUGGGCCAGCGGAGAACCAAAUAAGAACACAGCCUGUGUCUAUUUAGAUCUGGAUGGUUUCUGGAAGACAGCAUCUUGCAAUGAAACAUUUUUCUCUCUCUGUAAACAAUCUGAUGAGUUGAUCCCUAGCGAACCCCCACAGCUUCCCGGAAAAUGUCCCGAACCGAAGCGUGGUAGAGCUUGGAUUCCUUUCCGGGGUCAUUGCUACUAUGUUCACACCACUUCUGAAGAAAGUUGGCCUGAUGCUUCUAUGGCAUGUAUUCAGAUGGGUGCUUCCCUGGUUUCCAUAGAAGAUUCAGCUGAAAUGAACUUCAUCUUACUUUACUUGUCUACAAUUGCAAGUGACUUCAGGAAGUUUUGGAUAGGAUUGUUCAAAAAUAUUGAUGGGGAAUGGGCAUGGACAGACAGCAGUGCAGUAGACUUUGUCAACUGGGAGAAAGGAGAGCCUACAACACUUUUGGAGGAGCACUGUGUUGACAUGGAUAUCACAAGUGGAGCCUGGAGGAAUUUUUACUGCUCUGUUGAUCAGAAUUUUAUUUGCAAAAUCCCAAAGAUUACUGCAGUUGAACCAACCCAUGAUUCAUCAAUCCAUAAAGCAUCAAAAAGUGAAGCUACUUCUGCAUCUGUGCGUGGAUUUGGUGGGAUGAUUGUUAUAUUGAUUUUUCUUCUUCUAACAGGAACUGGCCUUACAGUCUGUUUUUUCUAUAGAAAAAGACAUAAUCAGCAAACAAUCACAGCCAGUUUUGACAAUACCAUAUACUGUGGUGAUGCUGAACCUGGAACUCAUGAGUCAAACUGUCUUGUGACCAACAUUGAACAAAAUGAACAGGCAGUAGUUUAA